ACUAAGACUGGUUCUGCCACUGCUACUGAGUCUGCUACUAAGUCUGCUUCUCAGUCUGGCUCUGAGUCCAAGACUGGAUCCGCCUCUGCGUCCGCUUCUGCCUCGGUCUCCGUUUCCAUCAGCAGGACAAUUACCGGCUCUGCCACUUCCACUCCCACUUCUACCACUAUUCCUAGCAACCCUACCGUCAUCGGAUCGUUCACUCUCUUCGGCUGUGCUCGCUCUUCUGCUGGUUUCCCUACCUUCGAGCUUGCCGAGUCUAGCCCCUCCAUGACGCUUAACAAGUGCUCUGCUCUUUGUUCUUCCAAAGCGUACUUCGGAGUCUACAACACCGACUGCUACUGUGGCUCUACUGUUGACUCCAGCACCGUUUCCCGCGUUGCCAUUAGCCUCUGCGACCAAAAAUGCCCUGGUGACAAGACCGAGUUCUGUGGUGGUAACACUGCUGCUGCCAGCCGUCUCUUCCGUCGUGCCGUGCCCGCCAACAUCCUUCUCACUGUUUACGUCCGCGCCGGCUCUGCUGUCACUGUCACUGACCUGGCUACCAUGACCGCCACUGUUACCGGUACCACCACCAUCACCACCGCUGUCACCAAGACUGUUCCUGGACCCAACCCUACCACCGUUGUCGUCACUGAGAUCAUCGUCUGCGUCCACGGCAAGUGCAGGAUCGUAUCUGACUCUGGCUCUCGCGUCGUAUACAUUAUGGUUGAGAUCAACGGCAGUGACUGCGAUAACCAGUGGGUCUACAUCUCGUCGCCUUGCUCUUGUCAAGGAGGUCAGGAGUACACUGCUAUUUACUGCUCUAAUGGCAGCUGCCGUGGAAAGAAGGUUUUCAAGCCUACUAAGUGUUCUGAUUGGUAUAACUACCAGAACUUCUUCAUUCCUGCUGACUGCGGUUGCGGCAAGAAGGGCGAGGCUGCUAUCAAGUUCACUCCUUGGGAGAAUACCUGGGGUACCCCUGAGCACUCUGGAUCUGGCUCUGACGAUUCUGCUCCUGGAAGCUCUGGUAACGGUAGCUCUGGAUCUGGCUCUGACGAUUCUGCUCCUGGAAGCUCUGGUGACGGUAGCUCUGGAUCUGACUCUGACGAUUCUGCUCCUGGCAGCUCUGGUGACGCUAGCUCUGGAUCUGACUCUGACGAUUCUGCUCCUGGCAGCUCUGGUGACGCUAGCUCUGGAUCUGACUCUGACGAUUCUGCUCCUGGCAGCUCUGGUGACGCUAGCUCUGGAUCUGACUCUGACGAUUCUGCUCCUGGCAGCUCUGGUGACGCUAGCUCUGGAUCUGACUCUGACGAUUCUGCUCCUGGCAGCUCUGGUGACGCUAGCUCUGGAUCUGACUCUGACGAUUCUGCUCCUGGCAGCUCUGGUGACGCUAGCUCUGGAUCUGACUCUGACGAUUCUGCUCCUGGCAGCUCUGGUGACGCUAGCUCUGGAUCUGACUCUGACGAUUCUGCUCCUGGCAGCUCUGGUGACGCUAGCUCUGGAUCUGACUCUGACGAUUCUGCUCCUGGCAGCUCUGGUGACGCUAGCUCUGGAUCUGACUCUGACGAUUCUGCUCCUGGCAGCUCUGGUGACGCUAGCUCUGGAUCUGACUCUGACGAUUCUGCUCCUGGCAGCUCUGGUGACGCUAGCUCUGGAUCUGACUCUAACGAUUCUGCUCCUGGCAGCUCUGGUAACGGUAGCUCUGGAUCUAGCUCGGGCUCCUCUGGAAGUGGCAGCUCCGGCUCCGGUGCUGGCACCACUGGUACCACUGGGUCCAGCAACCCCACCAUUGUCCCCGUUACCGGCUCUUCCGUCAAGCAGACGGGAACUUCCAUGGCACUUGUUGCUGCUAUUGUCGCUGCCGCGGCCCUGUUCUGA